AUGCGGUGGAAUUAUUCUAAAGAGGCAAGAUUGAAACCUCAUUUUAUGCAUCCACGGUCAGAAAAGGAGAUUUGGUUGUCAAAUCGGGGUCAUAUAAGCAAAUAUGUGACAUAUGCAAUGAGACUUCUCCGACACAACAUUGCUAAAGAAAUUGAAUUUAGGACUACUUGUUUAGCUAUAGUUAAAGCAAUUGCUGCGGUGGAAGCUCUCAAUAAUAUACUGCCAGCCACUGAUCAAAUUGCCAUAACUAUUUCGACCCUGUCUGCAACAUCCAAGGUUCCAGAAAUCACCAUCAUCAUCUCCUAUUUCGCUGAAGAGCUGUCCAAUUUGCAAGAAGCUGGAGCAAAGGAUUAA